UCUCGAGACUAGUUCAUGCGAUUCUCACCCGCUCAACCGACCACCGAGGUCCUGAAAUUCAGCCUUUCCCUCCACCUACUUUCGAGGUCCGACUUCGCUCACUUCAGCUUCGUUAAAUAAACGUCGAUUGAUCUGGCGACCGUAGAAUAUUUCCAACCGUCAGCCUGUAUUCAUUCUAAGAGUGGUAGAUUGCCAGUCGAUAAUCCGCCAGACUUGUAGGCCGAAUCUGUUUCGAUGAAGUCGUCGUGGAUCAAGGCGAGAGCCGCUCUCUCAGUACCGCUCUCCGCCGGCCUGCACCGCUGGAACAACAACGCCGCUACGAUGCCUCACAGCGUGGCCUUUCGACCAUGCUCGUCCAAUAGCCAAGCUAUCAUCCGGCUAGCCGCGUCAUCUCCGUGCGGAUCGACGCACCGAUCCUCGUCCGUUAACCGUCCGUCGCUCUGCACGCUACAGCCCGUCGCACAGCCGCGAUCGUCGCAUGUCGCUGGCUCUCGUGCAGUCCGCCUCGCGACCUCUCUCUCCAGCUCCUUCCUCCACCCCGCCGGCUCAGCCGGCGUCCCGAUCGCUGCCGUCCCCUGCCGACCUCCAAGACAGCAGCUGACCGUCGCAAGCGGCGCCGCCAGUGCCGGCCAAUCGGCUGUGCCUCGCGAACCGCAACGAGCCGCCGGUGACGUGUCAGUCCCUUCCGGCAAUGGCGGAGUUUCGGAGAUUUACACAUCAAUCAGAGAGGAGGUCGAGGGAAGCAUUUGGCAGGGAGGGAAGAGGCAGCGAGUGGCGUCCGGGGUGGCGUCCGUGGUGGAGGAGGAGGUGGUGGUGGUGGGAGACGUUGCUGCAGGUGCAGGCAGGAGCCAGCAGAGCUACGUGCCGCUGGAGCCCACUCCCAUGGUGCAGGAAGCCUGGGACCUCCUCAACGCGUCCGUCGUUCACUACUACAAUCAACCCGUGGGCACGGUGGCAGCGUCCGACCCCACGUCCACCGCGCCGCUGAACUACGACCAGGUGUUCAUCCGCGACUUCAUCCCGUCCGCGCUCGCCUUCAUGCUGUCGGGCCACCACGAGAUCGUGCGCAACUUCCUGCUCUACACGCUGCAGCUGCAGAGCUGGGAGAAGACGGUGGAUGCGCACAGGCCAGGCGAGGGGCUCAUGCCGGCGAGCUUCAAGGUGACGCAGACCCCCGUGGAGGACAGCGCCGCUACAGGCGGGGCCGCCUACGAGGAACACCUCGACCCCGACUUUGGCGAAUCCGCCAUCGGCCGCGUGGCGCCCGUUGACUCUGGCCUGUGGUGGAUCCAGCUGCUGCAGGCGUACGGGCGGUGCACGGGCGACCUGUCCCUGCAGCAGCGCGUGGACGUGCAGACAGGAAUAAAGCUGAUCCUCAAGGUGUGCCUGGCGGACCACUUCGACAUGUUCCCCACGCUCAUCACCACCGACGGCUCCUGCAUGAUCGACCGGCGCCUGGGGAUUCACGGGCACCCCCUGGAGAUCCAGUCCCUGCUGUAUGGCGCCCUGCGUGCUGCACGCGACAUGCUGAUCCCAGAGGGCGACAGCAUCGACCUCAUCCGCGCGGUCAACGCGCGCCUCACCGCACUCUCCUUCCACAUCCGCCAGUACUACUGGCUGGACCUCCCCCGCCUCAACACCAUCUACCGCUUCAAAACCGAGGAGUACUCGCACGACGCCGUGAACAAGUUCAACAUCUACCCCGACCAGAUCCCGCCCUGGCUCAUGGACUGGAUCCCCGACCGGGGGGGCUACUUUGUGGGGAAUGUGCAGCCGGCUCAUAUGGACUUUAGGUGGUUUGCGCUGGGGAAUUUGUGGGCGAUUGUGAGCAGCCUGGCGUCGCACGCGCAGGCGGAGGCGAUUCUGGACCUGAUGGAGGAGAAGUGGGAGGAGCUGGUGGGCGGCAUGCCCAUGAAGAUCUGCUUCCCCGCGCUGGAGAAUGGCGAGUGGCGGAUCAUCACUGGGGCGGAUCCCAAGAACACCGCAUGGUCGUACCACAACGGCGGCUCAUGGCCCGUGCUGCUGUGGCCCUUCACUGCUGCGUGCCUCAAGAUGGGGCGCCCUCAGCUGGCACAGCGGGCCGUGGAGGUGGCUGAGAGGCGCCUGCAGGCUGACAGAUGGCCCGAAUACUAUGACACCAGGCGCGGGCGGUUCAUCGGCAAGCAGGCGCGGCUGCACCAGACGUGGAGCAUAGCGGGCUACCUCACCUCCAAGCUGCUGCUGGCCAACCCGCAUGCCGUGUCGCUGAUAGCAGCUGACGAGGACUGGGACAUCAUCAACGCCUCCACCACCCUCCUCGCCUCCAACCCCCGCCGCCGCCGCCACAGACCAAACCCCCUGCCCUCGCCGCUCUUCUGAAGGCUUGAUGAUUGACCUCGUCGUCACUGUGCUUAUCGGAAGGCAUAUUGUGUAUAUUUGGCGGUUUUCCAAGCGUCUCCAUCUCCAAGGGUAUUCCUUCAUUUGUUCUUUGCCUCUUCAAGUUUUGUGUUGUUCAGCCUCAGUGCGCAACGCACUUGGAGGAUUGAAGUACCUUAUUACAAUGUGUGUCGAGCCAAUGUAUGCCAACCGAUGCGAUGUUUCAUUUUUGCUUAUUAAUCAUAUUUUUGGUUCUGGUG